GUGAAGAGGCUUAAGUCCCUAUCACACUAUUUCUUUUUCUUAUUUGCAAUUGUUAAUAUUAGCGAAACUGUUCGAAAUCAUUUUUAACCCUUAAUAAGCUGACGCAAAUGAAGAUCAAUUAUUAGAGAUAAGAGGAUUAGGAGAGACUAAAAAUAGAGGAAGAAACGAAGAAAAAUGGUCAUAAAAAAUGUUGGUUUGGGAAAGGAAGAAAAAAUGUUAAUGAGAAAAAUAUUAAAAAAAGGUUUUAAGGGUAAAUAUAUUGUGCUAAUUUUAUUAUAUUAUACAAAAUGCAAUUAGUUUAUACGUCCAUUACAAAUUACAAUAUCUAUUAUCCAAUCUCCAAUACUAAUAUAUUAUGAUUAAAUAAGCAUGUAAGUCAAAAUAUAACAUCACCACUAGUAGGGUUUUCAUGGUGGCAUUAAAAUAUGGAAAAUGUGACCUAUAUAUAAUAUAUCUUGAUCUCAUCCAGCUUGCAUAGAUAGAGAGGAAAAAUUCUCUGAGAUUUAGGCAAAAUGAAUGCAGCAUUUUCUUACCAAACAAUACUCCCUUCCGUCAAAAAAUGCAACUGCAUAUCUAUUUCAGGAAACAACACAAAAAACAGUAGUGCAAGAGCAGCCAUAGCUAUUCCCAAAACAAGAAAAAAACAUAUUUCUCAGACAGAACUGAUAUCAGUUCAUGGAACUGCUUCCACCGAUCUUUUCGUGCAUGAGAUUGUCGAGAGGCAGACGAGAAAGGCUGAGACGACAGCGUUCGAUCUCUGUCAAAACCCUAGUUUUCACCCGGUGUUCCUUGAAGAAGCCUAUGAGAGAUGUAGAGAUGUGUGUGCUGAAUAUGCAAAGACAUUUUAUCUGGGAACACAGUUGAUGACUGAGGAAAGGCAGAAGGCAAUAUGGGCUAUUUAUGUGUGGUGUAGGAGGACUGAUGAAUUGGUUGAUGGACCAAACUCUGCACAUCUUAGCUCAACACUUGAUAGAUGGGAAGAGAGAUUAGAUGACAUCUUCAACGGUCGUCCCUACGACAUGCUUGAUGCUGCCCUAACCGAUACUCUCUACAAAUUCCCAUUAGACAUAAAGCCUUUCAAGGACAUGAUCGAAGGGAUGAGAAUGGAUACGAGGAAAGACCGGUAUGCAAACUUCGAAGAGCUUUACAUGUAUUGCUACUGUGUGGCCGGGACCGUUGGCCUGAUGAGUGUUCCUGUCAUGGGAAUUGCACCCGAGUCUUUGCUGUCGGAUCAUAGGAUUUAUAAUGCAGCUUUGUGUUUAGGAAUUGGGAAUCAGCUUACUAACAUUCUUAGAGAUGUUGGAGAAGAUGCAUCAAGAGGGAGGAUUUAUCUUCCACAAGAUGAACUGGCUGAGUUUGGAUUAUCAGACAAGGAUGUUUUCUCAAGAAAGGUGACAGAUGGUUGGAGGGAGUUCAUGAAAGAGCAGAUCACGAGAGCAAGAUUCUACUUCGACCAGGCAGAGGAGGGAGCUACACAGCUACACGAGGCUAGCCGUUGGCCGGUUUGGUCUGCGUUGAUGCUGUAUCGUAUGAUCUUGGACUCGAUCGAGAGCAAUGGCUAUGAUAACCUGACAAAACGGGCAUACGUGGGCAGAGCCAAGAAACUGCUCACCUUGCCUGUAGCAUUCGGUAGAUCCCUGCAAACAAAACCAAGUAUAGCUCUCUCAUAAGAGAAAAGAGUGAGUGAGAGAGAGAGAAAGUCACAAACAACAUUUUAGCUUUGAUUCCUUCUGUAGAUUUGCUGUUGUUUAUAUAUACAUAUACUGGAAUCUGAUAUAUGAUAUAAACGAAUACAGAUGAUCUCAUAAAUCAUAAUACAUGAAUAUCACCAUAUUCUACGCACUUGCAAUGAUCUUCAUCAUAUUCCAGAAAUACAAAAGUUCCUAAAUAUAA